AUGGCCAAGUCCAAGCUGCCUCGAUCAACACCAGCGGCGCGUGCAGCAGCUGUGCCUCCCCCUAAGCUGGCCGCUGCUGCCCAACAACAGCAGCAACAACAGCAGCAGCAGCAACAACAGCAGCAGCAACAACAGCAGCAACCUCAACAACCAGCAGCGCAACAACCGCCUCAGCCACACGCUCCAUCAUCACCGGCCCCGAUGCAGCAACCCAAAGCGCCCGUUGCUGGCGCAUCCACGCCACCACGAUCUGUAUCGCCUGUCUCCAAUCAUGAUACAGACAAUGCUGCUCUCUCUUCUGCUAAGAAGAAGAAGAAGAAGUCCAAGUCCAAAGCCAAGGACUCUGACUUCAUCGACGACCACGAGUACGAUCUUCGUUCGGCCGCUGCCCUUGGUCAGCGUCCUCGCUCGCCUGCAUCGCUUGCAGCGAGGGCACAGGCUCAGGCACAGCUCUUGGCUGCAGCCAGCGAGCUGUACCGAAGAAUCGAGGGCGACGCUCAAGGGAUCCCAGACGAUGAUGCCUACUGGACGUCUCUGCCUGCUCAUCUCAGAACCUUCAUACGCAACGCCCUCCCGCUUGGUCAGUUCCCACCUGCAGCACAGGCUGCUCUCAACGAGAACGCCAAUGAUCCAGCCAACCGCCACGCAUCGACUCAGGCCAUGAUCGCUGUUGCCCAGCAGCUUGCUCAGGCAGCCCAUGCAUCUCAGCGCCACCUACAGCAGUACCCACCCGGAACUCAUCCGUACCCACCACUGCCCUUUGAUGCGUCCAUCUUUGCCGAUCUCGCUCUUCAUCCUGAUCAGGCACUGCCCCUUCACCCUCACCCGAAUGCUGCUAACAACGUACACCCUGCCUCCAACGGCUCGUACGCUCAGUAUGCGUCGAGUCCAAAUCCGCCUCCUACCCAGCCACCUGGUGGCCCCUUACCAGACCCCGUAGUCCUGUACGACAACUUCGACGAUGAGAUCGAGCGUUACGACGAUGACGGCGAGGAUGGGGCUCAGUACUACGAUGAUGGUGAGCUCGACGAGGACGACGAAGUGCUUGAUGCCCAAGGCGGUCUUCUCCGUGCCCGUGAGCGUGUCUGGAUGCAAGAUGGCUCCGACCACGCCCACGGUCCCAACGGCAUCCUUCAUCCAGAUGGACAGCGUUCUGCGAGCAAGAACAAAAAGAAGAAGAAAAAGAAGAAGAGUGGUGCCGGCGGCGCAGCCGGAAACGGCGACGAACACGCACACGAGAUUGAAGUCACAGUGCCUCCUCCGCCCAAGCCUGUGCCCAACCACCCGCCUCCGACCACCAAUGUUCCUUCGGUUGCUCGCAACUCCAAUCCACCUCCAAGUUCACGAGCCGCAGGCAAGCAGCCCAUGACCUUCAACUCGACGGGCAAGACGCCAGCGAGGCCCGCAAACGGUGUACCACCCUCAUCUAACUCGGGCAAGCGCUCUGUCUCGUCCUCGACGCACGGUCAGCAGCCAGCUGCCCACGCCUCGUCCAACAACGCCAAGAUCUGGUCCACCAGUUCGGCAGAGGAGCGUGAACGCAUCAAAGAGUUCUGGCUCGGCCUUUCGAUGAAGGACAGACAGAAGCUCGUUCAAGUCGAAAAGGAAACUGUGUUGAAAAAGAUGAAGGAGCAACAGAAAUUCCUCUGCAGCUGUGCUGUUUGUGGUCGCAAGCGCUCUGCCAUCGAAGAGGAACUCGAGGUUCUCUACGACGCCUAUUACGAUGAGCUUGAAGAGUACGCCAACCACCAACAGCGAUGGGCGAGCAGCGGUGGCACCAUUCCUCCACCGCCUGGACCAGGCCCUUUCCCUGGAAGCGUAGCGCUCGACGCAUCGGGUGCAGUCAUCGGAGGCGAUCCUCUUACCAGGAACAGGGCAGCCAACGGCGGCCACGUCGGCAGACACACGCAUCCUCACCCGCAUGGUCGCAAGGCACCUCUACAUGCCGAGUCCUCUGACGGUUAUGAUGACGACGGCUUGGACGAUGAUGCCGAGUACGAGGAUGAGGAUGACGAUGCUGAUUACGAUGACGAAGAAGAUGACGUUGAACUAGACAAGGAUCGUGCACGCGACGACUAUCCCAAACGCAGCUCUGUUCCCUCUACACGUCGACGCGGCACCAACGAUGCCAAAGAUCUCUUCGGUCUUGGAAGCAGCCUUACUGUCAAAGGUGGCAUCCUCACUGUUGCCGAUGACAUGCUCAAGAAUGACGGUCGCAAGUUCCUCGAAAUGAUGGAACAGCUCGCUGAGCGAAGGAUGCACCGCGAGGAGCUCACCAACGCCGAGCUUGCUGCCAGCGACGAAGGGGAAGACGAUGUUGAGGGCCCGGACGACGUCGACGUCGAUGACGAGGACGAGGACGAGGACGAGGACGACGAGGAGGAAGACGAGGAAGACGACAUUCUUACCGAAGAGCAACGCAUGGAAGAAGGACGCAAGAUGUUCCAGAUCUUCGCCGCUCGUAUGUUCGAACAGAGAGUCCUCGCCGCCUACCGAGAGCGUGUCGCGCAGGAGCGUCAGCUCCAGCUGCUUCGAGAACUCGAGGAGGAGGACACCAACGAGAAGGCUCGUGAAGCCCGUCGCAUGAAGGAGUCGCAGAAGAAGAAGGACAAGAAGAAGCAGCAACGUGAAGCCAAAGAGGCUGAGAAGAUGCGCAAGGACCAGGAACGAGCUGCUGCUGAGGCUGAGGAGCGUGUCAAGCAGCAAGCACAACGUGACGCUGAGCUCAAGAAGCAGGAAGAGAUCCGUCUCCAGCGAGAAGCCGAGCGGAAAGCCAAGGAAGACGAAAAGGCCAAGAAGGAGGAGGAGCGCCGACGACGCCAGGCCGAAGAACGCGAGCGCGAGAUGGAGCGCGAGCGGAAGCGCCGUGAGAAGGAGGAGAGGGCCCGCCUCGAACGCGAAGCACAGGAGAAAGCCAAGCGCGACCGCGAAGAGGCGCAACGUAAGGCCAGAGAAGAGCAGCAACGAGCACAACGUGAGAAGGCCGAAAAGGAACAAAAGGCCAAGGAAGAGCAAGAGCUCAAAAUCGAUGCUGCCAAGAAGGAGAAGGAGGCUCGAGCCCAGGUUCAGCGCGAGUCCAAGCAGGCUGCAUCAGCUGGUUCACAGGCUCGCGGAUCGGCUGCCGCUCAAGCUGUUCCCAGCUCGCCUUCGACCGGUCCCAAGGCUGUCUCCGCCAAGGCUACCUACGCACCAGCUCAUGGGACACCUGCUCGUGGUGCCAAAAACGGUUCUAUUCCUGGAUCGCCAGCUGUUGCACAAGGCCAGGCUGCCGCUCGUGGUGCCAAUGCGUCGCGUUCUGCCGGUGCCGGUGCUCCCAAAUCUGCUCAGAAUUCGACCUCAGGCAGCGCUGCUACUGGCGCUGCUCCAGCAGUCACUGCUUCUGCUACUGCUGCUCCUUUGACAAGCGGUGUCAUUGCAUCGACUCUGCCCGCUCCUCCUCAGGGAUUGCCUCCUCGCCCCUCAACUGCCGUCCUCACGCCUGCCGGUUCUUCGUCGCAGGGCUCUUCUGUGUCCGUAGCAGCAAACGCAGGAUUGCCGCGACCUCCUGUCAAUGCUGGUUCCGUGUCGGCUGUACCACCAGCGCUUGGCUUCGGCUCGAUCGCGCCCAAUGCAUCUGCCUCUGUCGCAGUACCCGUCUCGAAGGCGCCGGGUGCCAGCAUUUCGCCAAAGCCAACUCAGGGUUUCGCUCAGGCACAAGACAAGCAGCCUUCACCAGUCGGCUUUGGCUCGCCUCGGCCUUCAAGCGGAGCCGCUUACUUGCAGCAGCCUGGUCUUGAGGGGCUUCGCUCGCCUACGCUACCCAACGGUAUGCCCAGCAAUGGCGUCUUUGGCAGCAAGGCCGGUAUGAGCUCGAGUCUCCAAUCUCCAGGCCUUGCUGGCCCUGGACUCGGUGGAAUGGCGAACAACCUCGCCUCCUUCAACCUGAAUGCUGCGCCUUUGUCCUCUUCUGCUCUCAGCAUGGGAAUACCAAUGGUCGGCAGCAAAGCGUCUAUGUCUGGCAUGGAAUCCAGCACUCCCGGCGGCACGCCUCAUGGUCCCUCACACAGCAGCCUUGGUGGCAGCCUGCAGAGCCCGACGCAGACGCCAUUCUCGCCUAUGGGUGGAAGCAACACUGUCGACACCAUGCGAAGUCGCACGGCAUCGUUUGCAGACUCGGACCCGAUGUCGGCCUUCGCGGGUAUGCGGCCCGGUUCGUCGCUCUCCCAGCGCGUCCCCGCCUACCGAUCUGGUGCACCGACCCCCAUUGGUCCCAUUGGCCGGCCAAAGACGCAGGAUGCGAACCAACAGCAUCUGCAUGACGAUCACGCCGGCGCCAUUGGCAACGGUCGAUCCUCGAGCAGUGCCAGUGGGUCCGGGGCUACAAGCCCCAGGCAUCAGGAGGGCAUCCUCGGAAGCUCCGCUCUUGGCGGUGACGACGACAUCAUCGAUCCCAAACCUCGCAGGGUAAGCCACACGAUUCCGAUCGGCGGUGGUGCCAGCGGCAGCAACAUGAGUGCUGGAGGAUCCUUCUUCGGUGGGAUGAGUAGUGCCGGUGCUGUCGGCGGUGGCUUUGGCGUGAGCUCUUCUUCGCCAUGGAGCUCAUUCUCGGGUAGCAACCAGGCCACAUCUGGUCCAUUGUCCCCUAGCUUCAAUGGUGGUGCUCCCGGACCUGGCUCUAUUGGUUCCAGCCUGGCAUCGAGCAAUUUUGGUCUUAAUCAGAGCGCAGGCACAUCCGGAUUGGGCUCCAACCCACCUGGACUGUCGAGCGGUGCUCCAUCAGACCCUUGGGCCCGUGUCUCCGCUAGUUGGGACCGCGCGCGCUAUGCAUUCGAGCAACCUGGUAGCAACAAUGUCGGCGGAUCUAGUGGAGCCAACCCAGCCGGUUUGGGUGGCAUGGGAAGCUCGCUUCAUGGCGGACCUCAGUCGCACCACGGACAUGGACUUGGAGGACAUUCCGGCCAACUUCACCAUCCGAUGGGACUGAACGGAGGACAGGGUAGCGGUAGUGGUCAUGGCAACCUCAACGGCAACGCUAGUAUGAUGGGCGGCUUCAACUUGGGUGCACCUGGCAGUGGUGCUAGGAACCUCUUUGGCGCUCCUGGUAGCAAUGCCUUGCAUCCUGGUGCGAUUGGAUCGGCUCUUUCGCCUACUUCACCCGGCGCACGUCACAUCAGUGGUAGUCACGAGUAG